UAAAAUACAGGCACCUAAUUUACUCCCCAACUACAUUACAGCUCUCUCGGGGGUCAGACUGGUGCACACAUUCUCCCUCACUAGGUGGGAGGAGCGUGUUGCACUGGGACGCCGCACGAUGCAGCAGUCCCGUCCAAACCUCCAGGUCUUCCUCCAGCAAAGCGGACCACUGAUGCACCUGUAGUGUGACUUUCAACAGCGCGAAGCUUGGAUUAAAAAAAGAAAAAAAGUCUAAUCAAUUAUGAGCGAAGCCACUUGGAAACAGAGCGCCGGUUCGACAUAGACGCAUAUGGUUCAGGACAAAAGGGGAUAUUGCUCGAAAUUACGAUGCGUCUCACGGCGGUGGUCCUAACGUUAAUUCUGGCCGUGACGGGCAUCGCCAAAGGUUGGGAAUGCAGCGCAGGGUGUAACACAGAAAAUGGGUUUUGUGAGAAGCAACUGAAAUGCAGGUGCAAACCAGGGUGGCAAGGAGAGCACUGUGACCGGUGCAUGCCCUUCCCAGGCUGUCUGCAUGGCACAUGUGAAAAGGCAUGGCAGUGUAUCUGCAAAGAAGGCUGGGUUGGCAGCCUGUGUGACCAAGAUACUCGCCUGUGCUCAUCCAGACCUUGUGCUGGUAAUGCCACCUGCAUCGAGACAGGAGAGGGGGGAUACAUGUGCAUCUGUCCCCUCAGCUACACUGGGGAGAACUGUCACCUGAAGAGAGGACUAUGUCUCACAAACGGCUCUCCUUGUCAGAACGGAGGUACGUGUUUGGAUGCUGAUGGCUCAGCUGGUUACUCUUCCUGUUUAUGUCCCCCUGGAUUUUCUGGAGACUUCUGUGAGAUCAGCGUUGACAGCUGCCAGCCUAACCCUUGCCUCAACGGUGGCAACUGUACAAACCACGGCCUGGCCUUCACAUGUGUCUGUCCGCUCGGCUUCACUGGUUUCACUUGUAAUGAUACCACUAGUCUCUCGCCUUGUGCCAGCAGGCCCUGCGCCAAUAGGGGCACGUGUGUUGGUCAACCUGAUGGUACCUUCCGGUGCGUUUGCCAGAAAUGGUUUACAGGUCCCACGUGUUCCCUGCAGCACAGACCGAAGGCCAGAUCCAAGCUGGUUGGGGCCAGGCCUGUGGACCACAGAGUGUUUGCGCUGACUCCGCAGCACUACUCCCUCCCUGCUCACACCUUCCACAAGCUCCUCAGACCGCCCGAGAGAGACCUGCUCAAGAUUACCCUUAAGGAGACAGUCCACUCCCCCGGCAUCCUCGUCACCCAUGGCCAACUCGUCUGUUUCGGCAUGCUGGCCCUGCUCACCUGCAUGGUCAUCCUGGGCACUACAGGCAUUGUGUUUUUUGGCCGCUGUGAGACGUGGCUGGCCAAUGCCAAGUACAGCCAGCUUGUUCGACAGCAAAGGGAACACCUGCUGAGAGAAGCUGGCGGCGCAAGCCAGGAGGAGCCGGAGCACUCAGUAAACAUCAUCCUGCCGGAGAAGAUUAGACUCACCAGCUUUGGGAGACACUACACCUCCAUCUGAUUCAAUCGUCUCUGCCUCUUACCCUUUCCCUCUGAAAGUAGUAAUAAAUGUCAAAAAUAGCACAAAGGAAAUACUAUAACUGUUGUACAGUUGUGUUAAUAAAGUGAGGGAAAGUGGACUACACUGGAAUAUAUUUGAAUAGUCUACUGGACUAAGUGGACAACCGUGACACUGAAUUAUAAAUGUCAUUUUUAUUGUACAGUUAUAAAUGAUCCAUUCAAAAUGUAUGAAAUUAUAAAAUAUUUCCUACCUUGGUUGUUGGUAAAGAUGUCAUGUCGAUGUAUUUCAAGAUUUUUAACUUUACAAUAAUGUUUUAACCGCUUUGUUACAUGUUGAUUUGGAAUACUAUGAUGGGGGUAAUAUUACAAAAGGAGAAAUAAAUUGGAUUUUAACUAACACACACACACACACACACACACACAC